CGCAAGAUGGAGGGCAAGACGGUGAUCAUUACCGGCGCCAACUCGGGCAUUGGCAAGGAAACUGCCCGUGAUUUGGCCAACCGGGGAGCCCGCGUCAUCAUGGCCUGCCGGAACAUGGAGACGGCGAAGCAGGCACAAGAUGAGAUAGUGAAGGGCACAGGCAACACAAACGUUACCGUCCUGAAGCUCGACCUCAGCUCGCAAAGCUCGAUCCGCGAAUUCGCGACCGAAGUGUUGCGCACCGAGCGCAAACUGGACGUGCUGAUCCACAACGCGGGCUUCGCCGAGACGUUCCGGAAAUCGCGUUCCGCCGACGGUAUCGAAUUCACGAUGGCAACCAACCACUACGGACCGUUUCUGCUGACGCACCUGCUGAUCGAUCUGCUGAAGCGAUCUUCCCCGAGCCGCAUCGUCGUAGUCGCGUCCGAGCUGUACCGGUUCGCUUCGGUCGACUUGGCCAACCUGAACCCGGUCGGUAGCCUGCCGGCGUACCUGUACUACGUGUCCAAGUGCGCCAACAUCAUGUUUACGCGCGAGCUAGCCCGUCGGCUCGAGGGUACCGCCGUCACGGCCAACUGUCUCCAUCCGGGCAUGAUCGACUCCGGUAUCUGGCGCAAUGUGCCGUUCCCGCUAACGCUUCCGAUGCGCUUGAUCAAGAGCUUCUUCAAGACGACCGAGCAGGGUGCGCAGACCUCGCUGUAUCUUGCCUGUUCCGAGGAGGUGCAGGGCGUUACUGGCCGAUAUUUCAUGGACUGCAAGGAAGCGAGCUUGAGCGCGGGUAUCAGCGAUAUGGAGAAGGCCCGCAAGCUCUGGGAGGAGUCCGCCAAGAUGGUCAAGCUCACCGACAGUGAUCCAAAAAUUUAGUUCCUCAUCUGCU